GUGAGAUGAUGCCGCCUCAUGCUUCCAUGUGUCUCGUCCUUCAGGGCACCAAUGCCUCGGCUCUGGAGAAAGACAUCGGCCCGGAGCAGUUCCCCAUCAAUGAGCACUACUUUGGAUUGGUCAACUUCGGGAACACGGACUACUGUAACUCUGUGCUCCAGGCGCUCUUCUUCUGCCGGCCUUUCCGGGAGAACGUGCUGUCGUACAAAGCCCAGCAGAAGAAGAAGGAGAACCUGCUCACCUGCCUGGCCGACCUCUUCCACUCCAUCGCCACGCAGAAGAAGAAAGUGGGCGUCAUCCCGCCCAAGAAGUUCAUCUCCCGCCUCCGGAAGGAGAACGACCUCUUUGACAACUACAUGCAACAGGACGCCCACGAAUUCCUCAACUACCUGCUGAACACGGUGGCCGACAUCCUGCAGGCGGAGAAGAAGCAGGAGAAGCAGAACGGACGCCUCAAGAGCAACGCAGAGAACAAGGCGGAGCCCAGCUGGGUCCACGACAUCUUCCAGGGAACCUUGACCAACGAGACGCGCUGCCUCAACUGCGAGACGGUGAGCAGCAAAGAUGAGGAUUUUCUGGAUCUUUCUGUGGACGUGGAGCAGAACACAUCAAUAACACACUGUCUCAGGGACUUCAGCAACACGGAGACCUUGUGCAGUGAAUACAAAUACUACUGCGAGGCGUGCUGCAGCAAGCAGGAGGCCCAGAAGCGGAUGCGCGUAAAGAAGCUUCCCAUGAUCCUCGCACUCCACCUCAAGAGGUUCAAGUACAUGGAGCAACUGCACCGCUACACCAAGCUGUCCUAUCGGGUGGUGUUCCCCCUGGAACUCCGUCUGUUCAACACGUCCGGGGACGCGGUCAACCUGGAUCGCAUGUACGACCUGGUGGCCGUGGUGGUUCACUGUGGCAGUGGCCCCAAUAGAGGUCAUUACAUCACCAUCGUGAAGAGUCAUGGCUUCUGGCUGCUGUUUGAUGACGACAUCGUGGAGAAAAUUGACGCCCAGGCCAUCGAGGAGUUCUAUGGGCUUACCUCAGACAUCUCCAAGAACUCCGAGUCAGGAUACAUCCUCUUCUACCAGUCCAGGGAGUGGGGAGAAGCCUCCCAUCUCCAUCCCACCACACUCUCCAAGUCAGACCUCUGAUGUUUGUGCCACUCCUCUCUCUCUCUCUCUCUCUCUCUCUGUUAUCCGCUGCUUGCCUUUUAGUCACCUGCAUCUGGACUGCACUUUAAACAGUAAUGGCCGCAGGUAGAGUGGAGAAGCCGCCAGAGAGGGAUCGACCACCAGGGACGUGAGAUGGGAGGAAGGUUCUGUUGUGGAUGAGCUCGCCCUCGUUAAAGGUCCAGUGUUGAUGCUCACAGUUUGGAUCACGAAUCAGAGUCUCGUCAGUAAAAAUAAGACAAAGGGCCAUAAACAUAACUUCUAGAUCCCUCUUUGAAGAUAGCAUCUGGCCUAAAGGGAUGCAGACCAAUCCACUAAACCAUCAAAUAAAACAAAUGUAACUUUAAGUUCUAGUAAUUUAUUCCAAUGAUAAGGACAUAAAUAAAAACAAUAGUUUUAAUGAUGCACUAUUAAAGUUCACUCAGUGCGACUUAAAGCAGCGUCUGAGAAUGAACUAGAUGAUCGACCUCAUGUGAUCACCUCUUUAUCCACCUGGCUCAGGUGCUCUUAGCGUCACAUGACAGGAAGUGCUGCUGUUUUCUCUGUUGAAACCAUCAGAACCUUUGUUGUGUUUUUCCCCAUAUUUAUUUCAUAAUGUGUUUGUUACUGUUAUUUGUGAUUCAGAGGGAUAAUGAAGGCGUUUGUGUGUAAUACGGCUCUUUGUUAAGACUAUAACAAAAUCAGUACCCAGAAGCAUGAGGCGUUCACCGGUCACAUGACGCUUUAAUCAAAGAGCCAACCUUUUCUGGACAUUAUUAUACAAGGUGCAGGAAUCUUCUUAAAGGAGGAGUUUGCUCACUUCUUGAUGUAAUACACAAGUCUUUUAUCAAUUUAAAUUUGUACUUUGCAUGUCAAAUAUUUAAAGGGGGCAGUGUGCUGGAUUUGGUGGAUUUGCUCCUCCCUCAUCAGGACUACGGUACCAUGGUAACGGUGGGUCCUCACUCCGGGGGCAUCCAUGAUAAUCGCUUCAAGUGGUUUCACACCAGGGAAAACGUGGACGUGAAUAUUAUUGUUAAUUCCCCCACAAUCCUUCACACUGGCCCCUUUGAAGGAGACGUUUAGACGGAAUAACGGUGCAAUAAGAGAAGAUAAAGCUCUAGAGGGGUUUGUGUUUGUGAUAUCAAAUGAAUGAAAUCCUUUCUCUCUUUUGAUUCCCAUGUUGAACCACAGCAUUUUAUUUUUCUCUCAGUUUCGUCUCUGACUUUGAUGUGAAGUUGUGUUUGUGUGUGUGUGUGUGUGUGUGUGUGUGUGUGUGUGUGUGUGUGUGUGUGCGUGUCUCAUGCAGCACACUGGAACCCUAAAUUCAAGCUGCAUUGUUGAUUCAUUCGAUAUUGUUUGUACUGCAGAUGUGUUUUUGUGUCACAUCAAACAUGUUCAUGUAGGAAUGGAGGAAGUCCCGCCCCCACAAGGUCCCAAUGGCAAAAUAAUACAUUGUUAUCCUCUUUGAAUUGUGCCAUUAAUUACACAUUGUUUGCAAUCUAAAAGUUGAGUUUGCUCGUCCAGAAAGUCGCAUGUUUGUCGUGACUGCACAACCGAACCGAAAGUAACGUCCUGGAUCUGCCGUUAGCGUAGCUUUGCUAGCGUAGCUUUGCUAGCGUAGCUUUGCUAGCGUAGCUUUGCUAGCUCACUGUGUUGAUUCGUCCUGGAUGUGUUUCUAGCAGCGACAGGAAGAGAAGGAGGGCGUGGGAUCUGAGGGGGGGGGGGCACUUAAAGGGGCGGGGCUUAGCCUCUCCUCUGCUGUAGCUCGCCGUCCGUCCAUCAGGGGUCAGAGUUCAACGCGACGCCGCUUCUCUUCUUUUAGUGCGGCGGCGGGUGGAGUAAAACGUGCCAAAAGGGGGGUGGGGGGGGGGGCUCCACUUUGGUGCAGCAUUAUUUUCUGUACAUUUAUACUCUGUAACACAGCAAAACAAAAAAAACACUUCUGGAAAUAGGAAAAUAUUUUUUUAAAGUGAAGAUCUCAAAGCGCCACCAGCUUCCAUCUGGUUUUGUUCUUUUUCCCGAGAGGACACAGUAGCAGGAUUAUUAUUCCAUUAAACACUUCUGCACUCGGCCCGACGGGCCUCUGUGGGACUUCUGUGACGGACCCGAGCCGAAAAGUGCACUUUGAUAUGAAGAACCACAGUUUAAUGCACUCACUUUGAGUUCUUUUCUUCUGUUCAAUAAAACGACUGUUCAGCCAA